GCCCCUAUCGGACAGACUCGCGGACGUUCGCCAGGCGGCCAACCGUCGUCCGCAGUGGCAUGAUAGUGCGUAUUCCUACUCCGUCGAGUGCGUCGACCGUCGGUCCGUCUGCCGUCAGUCUUGUUAUCACCGCCGUUCGCUCUCGAUGUAUGUCCGUUGCUCCUCGUCGUCAUCGUCGUCGUCGUCGUCGUCGUAUUCGUAAUGAGUAGUAGUUCGGCCGGUUACCCAUGUAAACAUUACGGAACUCGAAUUACCGAACGACGUGAUUAGACUGCAACGAAUAUGUGAUUUACAAUCGUUUUUUUUUUAUUUAUUUUACUCUUAAUUCAUUUAGUUAGUAUUUAAUCUAUGUUUAAUCCUAAGUUUUCCUAUUUUCUCCGUUAAUAAUAUAGUGUCUCUUUAAACUUCAGUUCCACAAACAAUAUUAUGUUCUCGUGAUUACCGUGGCGUUGAUUUUUUUCGUUAUUCAAUGAACUCUUUCGUGCUCGAUGGUGCGGUGUUCCGCAAGAGGUCAGGCCGCCUAAGUUUAACUACGCGCAAUACCGAACCACCGAGGAAAAAGAUCCGCAGGAGGGAUGACGGCGGAGCGGCACCUCUGCCACGUGACCUUGAAAAAAGUAACCCCCGAAUGUACGGUGAAAGUUCGGCCAGCCAGUCAGCGAUUGGAGCAACCGAGAAGGAAUCCAGAUAUUCAAAUAUUGAAUUUAAGCGAGCGCAAGCUUUUUUGUAUUUAAAUUACAAGAAAAUUAGUCCUCAAAACAUAAACAAACUCCUCAAAGAACAUUUAAAGCAAUUUGAUGAAAAUGAAACGCAACUAAAAAAGAUUUUUGAACAAUGUUACGAUUUAACCGGAUGUGUAGAAAAGAGUAAAGCAAUGAUGAAACAGCUUGAGACUGUUCCAUGUUUAAGACUUGGUCUUGGAACUAAUUUAUCUUCUGAAGUUAGUAACAGGAUUUUAUCCAUUUCGCCAUGUAAAGUUUCCAGGAAAAAUGUUAAAAUAGUUAAACAAACGAAAGAUAAAAAAAGUAUGCCAAUCCGUUUAAAAAAAAAAAUUGAAAAGAAAAUCAUUCAAUGUUUUGGAAAGGAUCAUUACAAAAAUGAUCGAAAAAUUCUCUUUUCAAAAAUAAUUAAUGAUUAUACUAAAACACAUAAUACAGAUUAUAAUUCUGAUACAACGACAAUUUCAGAUACUGAAAUCGAUGAGACUGACAAUUUUUGUCGCCUAACUAAAUGUUUUCGCGUAAGUGUCACUGAAAUCGAUUCUUUAGAAGGAAAUGCGGUGACUGAACCAAACACUGAUAGUAUUGCCCUAGGACAUUCUAGUUCAUUAAGUAACCCGCAACUAAAUACUGAUGUUAACGUUCAAAACGCUGAAUGUUUUGCACUUUGGACAAAUAUUGAUCUUGAAAAAAUCAUGUUUCCGCGAUUAGUAAUAGAUGAAUGUAGUCAUAAUUCUUCUGAUACCAACAUUGACGUUGAAGAAAUCACGGUUUCACGAUUAAUUAUAGAUGAAUGUAGUCAAAAUGCUUCUGACACCAAUAUUGACACUGAAGAUUUUGCGGUUUCACGAUUAAUUAUAGAUGAAGGUGUGCAAAAUGCUAAAGAUUCUCCAUUGAAAACUAAAACCGAUGUUGAAGCAAUCACGUUCCCACAGCUAAUAAUAGAUGAAUGUAGUCAUGCUAAUAGUAUUAUAAAUAAUGGAGAAAUUAUAAAUUUAGCAUUAGAAAAAUAUACAAGUACUCAAGAUUUGGCCAGUUCUCAUAUAAACGCAUUGAAAAUUGACACUGAUAUUGCCGAUUCGAAAAAACCAUCUGAAAUAUUGGACCAUACAAAUAUAGAGCUUAAAAUUAGAAAAAUUUUAAAUCCCGAUGAUAAUGUUUUCAACAAUUCUAUAAUAAAAGAUUUAGCCACAUAUUUUUUAAAUAAUGAUUUUCUAUCCAAAGUUGAUGUAUUAUGGAAAACAACGGAAUCAAAACUUGUUGAAGAGUUAAUAAUAAAGCUCCUUAAUAUGUUUAAUAGCACCAAAUAUAAUAUGGCACUAUUUACAGGUUGUGUUAUUUGCAUAUUUCGGGAAAUUGCUCAAAAGUCUUCAUUUCCUCCACGUCAAAUGAAAUUUAAAUUGAUUUUGCUCCUUGAUGCGAUUAAAAAAUAUAUCAAAUUUCAUGAUAAUGAAUUAUGGAGGAAUUGGUUUUUACCUAUUAUGUUCUUCGAUUGGUGUUUUAUUGUGGCGUGUAUCUUCAUGAAUUCUAAAAAUCAAUUUAAAAUAGAUCUCAACAAGUCAGUUAUUAGAAAUGCAACAGCUUACUAUAAAAUGGUUAAACGGUGUAAAUAUCUAUUUAUUGAUCAAAAUUCUAAAACAAUUAAGAAUAUUGGUGUAUUUGAAUUGUCAAGAAUUGACGACCUGUUGGAAUUCGAUGGUGUACAUGCUACUAAUGAUACUACAGAAAUACCAGAUAUACCUUCAAAUGAACUUGAGCGCAAAAAACUCGAAACGGAUGAUAACUAUAUGGAUACUAUUGAUCUCACCUUACCAGAAAAUAUAGAAGAAGUGUGUCCCGCUCCGGUUUAUCCUAAAAUAUCUGUACGUCCUGAAUUUAUGUAUUCAAAUUCAUUUAUUAAGAAAUCAAAUUGGUUUACUGGUCCUGUCAGUGAAAUUUUGAAAAAAUGGAGUAUAUCAAUGACCAACGGGAGUUUUAAAAGUUCCACUGUCCAAAAUAAUUCUACAGUUAUUGUUAACAAUGAAGAACCAUCAUCUGUUAAUAAACGCCGAAGUGCAACAAACAAACCGACUAAAAAUAAAAAAUCCAAAACAGGAUUUGAAUCCCCACGUGUAUUUUUUACCAUUGCAAAUAAUCCUACAGAAUUUGAUAUAACUUAUGGUUCACCGUCAAUCCCUCAGAUGUCGAGUUCAUCAGAAGUCGCUCAAAUGUCAAGUUCAUCAGUAGUCCCCCAGAUGUCGAGUUCAUCAGUAGUGUCUCAAGCAAACCUUCAGAUAACGAGUUCAUUAGGAGUUCCUAAGACGUCAAGUUUAUCAGCAAUCUCUCAGAUGUCAAGUUUAUCAGCAAUCUCUCAGAUGUCAAGUUUAUCAGCAAUCUCUCAGAUGUCAAGUUUAUCAGCAAUCUCUCAGAUGUCAAGUUCAUCAGCAAUCUCUCAGAUGUCAAGUUCAUCAGUUGCCCUUCAGAACGUCAGUUCUUCAGCUGUUUCUCAAAAUUUGAGUCCAUAUUACAAUAAUUUUUCAUCCAACAAUACCGAUAGCCAACUCCCGGUAACACCAAUCCCUCGGAAUUUAAGUAUAUAUUACAAUAACAUUGUUCCUGAUACUCAAGUACCUUCUGGCUUGCAAUCAAUUGUCAAUACUACACAAUUGUCAAAUGCGAGAGUUACGAAUCCACCAGUUGAGAAAAAUAUAACAUCUACUUUGCAUUCACAUUAUUCAAAUAUACAGCCAUCAAUUCACCAUCAGCAUUCAACUGCUAUGAAUUCGCAGCUUCCGAAGGCAGCAAACACAUGGCCAUUAAACCUCUAUAGCAAUUUGUGUAGUGAUCCUUCUUAUAGUAAAUCAAGUACUUCCCAUACUGACUACAUAAAUUCUGCCCCGUCGUAUCCACAAUCGCAAUAUAAUCAUUACAUUCCACCAGCCACUUUAUAUCCUCGACAUUCAAAUGCGCUUACAUAUCCAUUAAACUACAUACCAACAUCGAGUGAUUUAUUAACAAACACCACAGCAAUGGUAUCAUCAGUGAACUCAUAUAUGGAGCAUCAAAAUUACAUUUAUGGAAAUUCUUGCUUAAGUCAGAAUAACUUUCACAAUACCGAUCACAAUACCCAGGUUUCACCAGAUUUGCCUGAUGCACGACUACCUAACAUGCCAAAUCACCAGGAUUCUAAUACUUUAAAGAAAACGUGUAUGGCUGCCAAUUGUACAAAUACUUCAAAUUUGUCUUGUAAUAAUUGUAUGGUUGCUUUUUAUUGCUGUGCAAAAUGCCAAAAAUCUGAUUGGCAUUACCACCAAAACGAAUGUCGUCAUAGUUUUUAACUGGAUUGUAGUUUAUUUAAUCAAAAUUAUUAAUUAAAAUUAUUAUAAACAUUGUUCAUUAUUUCACAUUGAUUUUUAUUUUAUCAUAUUACAUAAUCAUAUCAAUUGCAUUUUCUUUUGUAAUUGAUUAUAACUUCAUUUAUUUUUUCA